GGCUCCACACUGAGUUGUGCUGUGCCGAAAUUCUGAAGAAAAGGUGACUCACAAGGAGAGAGGAAGUGGAACUCAUCUGUGUCCGCUGUUGCUGGAGCUACGCGCUGAGGAGAGACUUUGUGAAGCAACAAAAUCCCAGAGUGACUUACUGUGGAGGCUAACUGAUGUUUGAGUACUGCUGGUUGGCCAAAGGGACAAAAAGAGGUCUGUGAAUGAAAUGGAUGAAAUGUGAGACACAGGAUGGGUGGCUGAGAGACGAUUUACCUGUGUUUGUCUAAAGAUGCUGGUUAUUCCGUCUUAACUGACAUAUUCAGACAGUAUGUCAUUUGCAGUGCGUCAAAUAAGUUUGUGCAACUAUGGAAGAAUUAAAGCUGUGGUCUGUGCAAAAGGAGAAAAUGCAUAGAUGUUAAACAAAGCUCGUCUUGAUGGUCAGCGACCCCAUCAAAUGUUUCCUUUCUUUGUAUUAGCUUUAUCUGAUGUUAGAUGAGAACGGUGGAAGAAAAAGACAAAUGUUACUGUGGACAUCGGAAUAGAGAAUGUUUUUUUGUUUUGUUUUGUUAAUUAAUCUGGGUACAAUAAUCUCUUUGAGAGCAACCCAAAUUAUGUCAGGCAUUUUUUUUCUUAUGUGUGGUUUUCCUCACUGUAAUCUGAGUUUACAUGUUUUUUGGUUGUUUUUUUUUUCCCUCUUUUCAGCAUAUGGUCAAAGUAAUGGAAACAGGUGUUUAAUUUAGAGUUGGAUUUCAAGAUCAACCACUACUACUUCUGUUUUUGGAGAGUGUAAUAUAGCCACGCUCCCUUUAAAAUUAAGAUAAUCUUUUUUUGGUUUUUAUGAAGAAAUUUGAUGCCACGCUUGAACAUUUUUGUGUCUGCAUUACGAGCUUGUGUUGUUUCCUUAAAACUGACCAUACUGUCUGCACAUGCACAACUUGCCCUGCAUUAACUGUUCCGGGCAAAGCUCAUUCUAGAUCUGUCUUUUUAAUGGUCUCGUUGUCGAGAUGGAGGGUUCGAUGGGAGGAUGUUUAUUCUUUCGGUUGGCUGGAGAAGUGUAUUCAAUGUGAACCGGUGCCUCACGUGCACCAGCCAGGCAUUCAUUCAGCAUUUACCGAGGAUGGAAACGACGGCAGCCUGCAUUUUAAGUCGUCGAAGCUGAUGGGGGUGAUGUAUAAAUUACCUUCACCCUUUACCUAGCUCUGUGUGUGUGUCUCGUCUCUGCCUGCAUCGUGUCUGUGGCCAGUGCUAUGACCUCUCUGAGUGAUGCGCUGCCUAGUGACUGAGUAACAAUAAACACUUUUUGGUUUGUUUUUUUUUUUAAACUUCACAUCAAUUUUAUGCUCGUCGUUCUGUUGAAGGUUGUGUGCGACUGUGAAAUGAAGCACAGAUUUGUGCAGGUGAAUGUGAGUCUUGGUCGUAUUACAUGUCACAGUGCUAUUUGACAAUUCCACCCACUCCUCCCUUCUCCUUUUUAAAAAAAAAUAAAGUAAAAAAAUCUGGAACUGGUGAUGAGCACAAUGUCUAGUAGUAUGGCUUCUUCGUAGUAGUGAUGCCAACAUAUAUUUUUUAAAGCAAUCUAGAUUUUUAAGUCUAACAAAAUAUCGAAAAACAAAAUCAGAGCACUCCAGUUACUCUGUGUUGGUUAUUUUUUAUUCUUAUUACACUUUCUUAAUCAUCGUUAGGUUACAGUCAGAUCCACUACACUAUAGAUGUUGGCUUUGCAUUACUAAUAACGCACUGAGGUGUUAGUCAUACAUAAAGUAUUAACUAUUUUGUUUGUACUUUUAACAGUUAAAGGUGUUUUGUCUGUUGAGUACAGUUUAAAUGUUUGGGGAGGGGGGGUUGUUUUGUUUUUUUACUUCUCAGGCCUCCUAAUUAUUCAAAUAAAAUGAUUUAAAAUAAUCUCUUUUUUUAUGUGGUCUGUCUUCCAAGAAGAAAAAAACCAACUUUCAUAAUAAAAAUAAAGUUUUUGCUCAAACAAUAAGAAUGUGGAGGUGUUGCGUCAUACGUUUACUGGUACUGGGGGCUAAAUGCGUCCGUUAGUCAGCUGUCUUUAAAGGUCAAAAAGUCUGCAACACUUGUGGCACGAAGAGCAACUUUUAUUGCUUGUGCAACACAUUUGUCUGUGGUCUUCAUCCAGGAUGUUGCCGUUGAGUUUUGGCUCCUUGAGAGUUUCGCCUCUCCCCCUUGCACCUUGCAAGCAGGCUGAAGUUGUGCCAAAAGGCUUGACUCAGCUACUUUCAUGAAGUGUUAUAUUUGUUUUCCAUUAUUGCUUGUGAUUUUAGGUAUCUGAAUACCUGCGACCGUUCGUACGUCUUCCUGUUUAUCACACAUGCAAGAGAUAUAGAGAAAUGUUGCCGUCAGUAACACGAGGGAGGUAUUUUCCAAGAUGGAAAAUGAGAAUGAGCGAGUCAAACAAAAGCACCUGCUCAAGAGGGGGGAGAGGUGACCAGGAGUCACUAAACCUAUGAGCUUUUAAUGGCUGUAUAACAGAUAUUUUUCUUCAGAUUUUCAUCAAAGCAAAGGCAGGCCGUUGUCAGUACCCUGCCAAAUCUAUUUUCCUCAUCAGUUUCUAAUUGAAAUACGGACCCCAAACUGUUCUCAAAAUCUUGCCCCCUAUAGCUUUUAAGAAUGGUGUCAAUCUAUAAUAACAUUAGUUCACAUCUCCAAAAAAAAAAGGUUUGGGGACUUUCUUUUAGUGGUUCCCAAACCUUUUGUGUGAUCUCCCACUUCAGAAGUCAGCAAAAGGUCGUGUUCCACUCAUAGGUUUGAUCCCACACAAAUCUUUAUCCGUUAUUAAUGAUAUACAAGGAGCCAAUCUGCAUUUUACUUAUGCAUAUGCAACACCCAUGCACACACACGGUGUUUCAGUUUCUGGGGGCGGGCCCUACAGGGCAACACUGCCGCCUGGUGGCUACCUGGCUGUCAUGCAGACGGAGGAAGUGUUUCGGAAGUGGACACGGCAGGGCACAGAAGGAAUCGAAGAAAAGGGCGGAGGAAAGGGAGCUUCCGAGGGGGGUUAAAAAAAAAAAAAGAGAGAAAUCACCGCGACUUCUAGCACCUAACCAAUUUACUAACACCAACUUUCGUUUUGAAAGACUGAAAGGACAGCUGUGUGAUACGUAAUCUACAGUGAACGGCGUAUGAGCAUAAGUUCUCCUGCUGUCUCCCUGCUGGUGACUGCCUGUUUGCUUAGACUGCAGCUCCAGGGAAAAGGCAGAAAAGCUCCCGUCCUUCAGACAAGUUGGUCUUACAGUGCAGGCAGGGAGGAAGGUGACUGAGCUGCAGGGGCCAUGCAUCAAGGGUGAGGGGUGUUCGCUGUGGGGGAGACGCACAACUACAGGCAAGGAGGAGGUCAGGGCCAGUCAGUGUGGAAAUGAAGCUCAAACAGCGCAUGGUGGUGCUGUGUGCCGUGCUCCUCCUGCUGGGCCUGGCCAAGAUCUUCCUGCUGGAUGGAGGUGAAGGAACUGCAGCUAGCCGGCGGGACCUCAGAGCGUUUCGCAAGAUGGAAGCUGGUCUUUCACUGUCUCGGGGCGCUCGCCUUACCAACACCCUCCAGUCUUCAUGGGAGAUAGCAAGCCAAUGGGUGGGCCCCAGAGAGGUGUACCCCGAAGAGACUCCAGAGCUGGCUGCUGUGCUUACUUCCCUGAGCUCUGCCAGGAUAGAGCGGGCAGAUGUGGGCUAUAAGGGCACACAGCUCAAAGCCUUGCUGGUGCUAGACGGAGGACAGAAAGUGGUCUUCAAACCCAAGAGGUACAACAGAGACUAUGUGGUCGAAGGAGAGCCAUACGCAGGCUAUGACAGACACAAUGCGGAGGUAGCUGCUUUUCACCUGGACAGGAUCCUUGGUUUCAGGAGAGCACCUUUGGUGGUUGGCCGAUACAUCAAUCUGCGAACUGAGAUCAAACCUGUGGCCACAGACCAACUUCUCAGCACUUUUCUCGUGCAGGGCAAUAAUACAUGUUUCUAUGGGAAGUGUUACUACUGUCGGGAGAGUGAGCCAGCAUGUGCAGAGGGGGAAAUCAUGGAGGGGUCAUUAACCCUUUGGCUGCCAGAUGUCUGGCCACUGCAGAAACACAGACACCCUUGGGGACGCACAUACAGAGAGGGGAAACUGGCAAGGUGGGAGUAUGACGAGAGCUACUGUGAGGCAGUGAAGAAGAUGCCCCCAUAUGAUGCAGGGCCAAGGCUGCUAGAUGUUAUUGACACGGCGAUUUUUGAUUACCUUAUUGGAAAUGCUGAUCGUCAUCACUACGAAAGUUUCCAGGAUGAUGGAGGUGCCAGCAUGCUUAUCCUUCUUGACAACGCCAAGAGCUUCGGGAACCCAGCUCUGGACGAGCGAAGCAUUCUUGCACCACUCUACCAGUGCUGCAUGGUUCGUGUGUCCACGUGGAAUAGAUUAAACCUGCUGCGAAGUGGAGCUCUGAGCUCAGCCAUGCGACAGGCUCUGGCAUUUGAUCCCAUUCACCCAGUCCUAGCUGAACCACACCUUGCAGCCCUGGAUAGGCGUCUAUCUGGAGUUAUAGCAACCAUAAAGCAGUGCAUGGAGGCACAGGGCCCUGAUAACACCCUAAUAGAGGACCGAAUGAACCUACCACAUCCUUAAAAGGAAGGAAAGGAGAAAGGGAGGGGAAAAAAGCCAAGACUUUCCAGCCUGGACCUGGAGGGAGACGAGUGACCAAACAGAUCAGCUCUGGUGUUUAAAGAAGGGACAGCAAAAUGACAGGGUGGAAUAAAUGUUUCUCCCCCCGUUUCCCUUCUUUGUAAUGCUGAACACUUGCACUCGAGUGAUUCGCUAAAAGGUGCAAAAUCAUGGGAUUCAAAGAGUUGAAACUGCGUCACCGUUAACCAUUUAAACUUUCUCUCAGGACUGUUGUACACUACAGGAUGUGAUCUGCUGUAAGGACCACUUCUUCUAUUACUACUGGUUUAGAUGACACUCAUGCCUUGUGCCAAAUCCUCUCUCCUGGUCACGCUUCUCCUUGACAGUCGGCUAAGGAGAAAGGAUGGAGAUGAACAUAUUCGAGAAAGGAGGAGGGAAUGUUAAAUUGAACCUGUUGUGAGUUGUUGUUGGUUCAAGCAGCUUGGAGUUUACAGUCCAGGAAACUGAAAAUGUUUUUCUGUAGAAAUGACAGGAAAUUAAAAAAAAAUUAUUUUUUUGAGCUGAUUUGUUUUUCUCCCUUUCCUCGAAUUGAAAAAUAACUCGAAGAAAUAGAGAACUGACUCAAUUCUGUGUACAUAACUAAAGUAACUAGUGAUGUAGAAUUAUGAGACAAAAGAAUAUAAAUUUGUGGAUUAUAAAUUAAAUGAUGUUAAAGCUGUGUGUUUGUGUCCGGGGGUACGCGUGUGUGUAGAUGAAUAACUGCCACAUUGUGUCACAAAUAAGAAAGCUACUGACUUGCCCGACUCGAAGGAUCAUGAUGCAGAGGUCAGGUGUGUGUGUGUGUGUGUGUGUUCGUUCAUCUUUAACAAUAAACUAUUGUCUAUUUAAUUCCGA